GAAACUGUGGCGCGACUCAGUGACGGAUAUAAAAAUCUGGAGACGGACGAAAAAAAGGGAAGUCUCAGAAAGAGUGAGAAGGUGGCAGCUUUCAAAUAAACACUGUGAAGAUUACUGCACUGGGUAUCUCUUGAAGAAUUCGAACAGCCGCUGAAGCUUAGACACAUAUUGUUACCAUGGUCUGCAGUAUUGGAGUCAUUUUUUUGUUUGGUAGCCUGUUGCCCUGGUCAAAUGGUGCUAAUGACUUCUUUACUUCAACUGGGCAAAUGACUGAUCUCCUGUACACGGAGAAGGACUUGGUUACAUCCCUCAAAGACUACAUCAAAGCAGAAGAAAGUAAACUGGAGCAAAUCAAAGAGUGGGCAUCCAAGUUGGACAAGCUUUCUGCCAUAGCUGUCAAGGAUCCUGAGGGCUUCCUGGGUCAUCCUGUCAAUGCCUUUAAGUUGAUGAAGAGGCUGAAUACCGAGUGGGGUGAACUGGAGAGCCUAGUGCUCAAAGAUAUGUCUGAUGGCUUCAUCUCCAACCUAACUCUUCAGAAACAAUACUUUCCUACUGAUGAAGACCAGAUUGGGGCAGCGAAGGCAUUGCUUCGUCUACAAGACACUUAUAACCUAGACACAAAAACAUUUUCUAGUGGUGACCUUCCAGGUGUGACGCACAAGGCCACUUUGACAGUAGAUGAUUGCUAUGAGUUGGGUAAAGUUGCUUACUCAGAUGCUGAUUACUACCACACAGAGCUGUGGAUGGCACAGGCAUUGAGCCAACUAGAUGAUGGAGAAGAGUCACCAGUCGAUAAGGUCACACUUCUCGAUUACCUCAGCUAUGCUGUCUACCAGCAAGGAGACCUGGACCGAGCACUUGUUCUUACCAAGAAACUUCUGAAGCUGGACCCUGAUCACCAAAGAGCAAAUGGAAAUCUGAAAUAUUUUGAGUAUAUGCUUGCUAAGCAGAUGAAAAUGGAACAGGCAGAUGAGGGCACCAAAAAGAAAGAAGAAGAAGAAGUAGGCAGAACUAAAAAAGGACCUUCAGUUGAUUACUUGCCAGAGAGAAAGAAGUAUGAGCAGCUUUGCAGAGGAGAAGGCAUCAAACUGACACCUCGUAGACAGAAAAGGUUAUUUUGCCGCUAUUACAACAACAAUGGGAACCCGAAAUAUAUUCUUGGACCAGUCAAGCAGGUGGAUGAGUGGGACAAACCCAGGAUUGUGCGCUAUCUUGAUGUCAUCUCUGAUGAGGAGAUUGAGACCGUGAAGGAGCUGGCUAAGCCCAGGCUGAGGAGAGCCACAAUCUCCAAUCCCAUUACAGGAGUACUGGAGACUGCCCAUUACAGGAUUAGCAAAAGACGUGCCACCGUUCAUGAUCCUCAAACAGGCAAACUGACAACUGCCCAUUACAGAGUCUCCAAGAGUGCCUGGCUGUCCGCUUAUGAGCAUCCUGUCGUGGCUCGUAUCAACCAAAGAAUAGAGGAUCUGACCGGUCUGGAGAUGGACACUGCUGAGGAACUGCAGGUAGCCAAUUAUGGAUUAGGCGGCCAGUAUGAGCCACAUUUUGAUUUUGGACGGAAAGAUGAGCCAGAUGCCUUCAAGGAGCUAGGAACAGGCAACAGAGUAGCAACAUGGCUGUUUUAUAUGAGUGAUGUUGCAGCAGGAGGUGCAACGGUUUUUCCAGAGGUGGGGGCCUCUGUUUGGCCUAAAAAGGGUACAGCGGUGUUCUGGUAUAAUUUGUUUGCUAGUGGUGAAGGAGACUACAGUACUCGCCAUGCAGCCUGUCCGGUCCUGGUUGGUAAUAAAUGGGUUUCUAACAAGUGGAUCCACGAGCGAGGGCAGGAGUUCAGAAGACCCUGUGGACUAACAGAGAUGGUAUAAUUGGAAUGCACAUUUGGGCUAAGGUUCCAGAGUCCACGUUGUCGUCAUUUGUUCUUGCUCUUCUACCCUCUUGUCGAUUUAUGUGUGAACUCUGGUGUUACACUCCUCUUUCUCCCAUAAACGGAAUCAAAGACUUGCUACAUGGCUACGAAAUGCCCACUAAAAUGUCAAAGGAUAUGAUUGAAGAGCCAUGUUUCAGGAUGUUUCGCUUUAGUAAUGCUUACAUUGCAAACUGGCUGUUGAAUUUCUUGUCAUCAUUCUCUGUACUCUGAAGUGCUGCACACUUGUCCAGGUAUUGAUUUAGGCCAGAGAUGACCAUGUGCAUGGGUGUUUUUACAGGUGUGGAGGAUUCUGCAGCUGUUCUUUACUGGGGGUUAAGGCUUGAUUUUGAUGGUCAGUUUCAGGAUCUCCUGUAGUUGGUUGUGUAGUGUUGGGAAUGUCCUACUUAGACUUUUUUUUUUUUUUUAAAUUGCACUGUGUUCCUGCAAGACCAGAUUGGUCUCUUUACAGCACUCCACAAUUGUCCUGAAUUCUGUAUUAGCCAGUCUUUGCCAAAGUCAUGCAUACAGCGAAAAUGACCCAAUGCAUAAUUUGGAGCGGAGUAUAAUUGAGGGGAAAAACCAAGCAUAUACAAGUUUCCUGCAGAUUUGUGGAAGGCUCUUAAAUGAUAUGAAACAACCUUUUAUUGGAGCUGAUUUAGUGUGUCAGUGUUUAAAAAUGUCCUUCCACCUGUAAAGGGCAUCAAAACUUCUCCAAGUAUCACUUUUAUAAACCCUUUCAACAUGCAGUUUUUGUGGGAGUGAGAUUAUAUUUAUGUUUUCACAAAAUUAAGGUGUUU